GGCACUGCCAUGGCCUUGCUUUGCCUUUGCUGUCUGUAUCUUGUGUUUAUUUCUGUUCAAAAUGUCGCCGAUUGCCUCCGGUCACCGUCUGAUCACUGCGAUUCAAGUUGUCCAGCAUUUCCUACCUCUGACGCGUCCUAUCAGAGAGGUCUGAGGUAUACCUAUAUAUAUAGGACAAGAGUGGCCACAUCCCUGCACGGAUCCAACGGCGUCAGAAACGGAUUGGCGCUGGACUGCGUGAUCGAUAUCGACGCGGUCUCCGAGUGUCGUCUGAGGAUGCAGAUAAGAAAUCCACAGAUAAAGUGGCUUUCUCUUCAGAAGGAGCACUCUGUAGCCGCUUUAAAGCGUUUGAGGGAGUCGCUGGAGAGAGCGCCCCUCCACUUUUCCCUCAGGCGGGGGAAGGUCUUUGCCCUGUGUAUCCAGGAGGGGGAGCAGGUGUGGACGUUGAACCUUAAGAGGGCAUUUCUGAGCAUGCUCCAGACCUCCCACACUGCCUCUAAACAUUCUCAAAUCGAGACGGAUGUGCACGGGACGUGCACAAGCUCGUACGAAAGGCGAGGACGAUUACUGUUGAAAAGCAGGUUUCUAAAAGAGUGUCUACAACCCAGGUUGGCGCGCUUUUGGACGCAUUCCGUACCUCUAACAGCUGACACGUCGGUGCACUCGGAGCUGCGUUGCGUUCAAGCCCACGGCCCUACAGUUAUGGAAGAAGUCAACUGCACCGAAAGCGUAUCCGUAGCCACGUGGUCCGACGCCGUGGGGCAGGUGAAGACCCAAACAGAGUCCAAUUUGUUGCUGCUCAGGACACAGCCGGGUACCGUUUCGGGACAGGGUUCUGGGACGCCAACGGAUCUGCAAUUUGAGGAGGAAGGCGCCACGACAUACAUUCUGACUCCUCAACAUGUCAGUCAAACUAUCAGGAAGUUGUGUAGUGUCGCAUCAAGUCCGCAAGAGGCGUCACAUUGGUUUCUUCAGUUGGCUUUUCAGCUUCGAGAGCUGACUCUAGAACAGCUUCACAGCCUUUGGCAGGAAGCGUCUUUCAAGUGCCGCGAUGACUGGCAACCCUUGUUGGACGCGUUACCUGCUUGCGGCUCCGCAAAUUGCAUCGUCCUGCUGAUCGACAUCUUGAAGGAGAAGGAACUGGAAGGCGAGCAGGCUGGUUCUUUGCUCUCAACCAUCGCUCUCAUCCCGAACCCGUCGCCGCAGAUCGUACACUCCCUCAAUACUUUAGCUACGAUCCAAGAGGUGCGUCACAAAGCUCUUCUGGCCGCAUCCUCUCUGAUCCACCAACUGUGCCGGCGUUCCACGAAUCCGUGCGAAGAACUUCCUCAGGUACAGACCUUCGUACAGACACUCGAACGAUCCCUGAAGGAAGGCUGUGAGGCACCAGGUCCUGCUCAAAUCGAAGAGCUUCUUCAUGCAGUGAAAUCUGUGGGCAACAUGGGUCUGGCCGCUUCCACCUUCGUCCCGCUGCUCGGCGGUUGUAUGCUCAACCACUCCAGCCCUUUGGAGUUGAGACUAGCCGCCGUCAAAGCCUUCCGACGUUUUCAUUGUUCAGUCAAUAGGACGUUGCUGUUGCAGCUGUACCGCCGGCCCCGAGAGGAUCCAGAGGUCAGAAUCGCGGCGUACCAGGAGCUCAUGCGCUGCCCGCGUGACGAUGCGCUCCAAGCUGUCAAGCUGGUUUUAAGAAAUGAAAACUCCAGCCAAGUGGGCUCGUUUGUGCGGAGCCACCUCAUGAGCAUUCUGAAGAGCCCAGACCCCGUCAAGCAGGCCCUCGCCCGUCGGCUGCCCGACGACAUCGUCGGCAGAGAAUUUGAGGCCGAUUUCCUCAAAUACUCUUCCUAUUCCGACUACACGCUCACAAGUGGAACGGGAAGCACAAAUGUGGAAAGAUGUGUCAUUUUCUCGCCCAAAUCGUUUCUUCCGAGGUCGGCCUCCGCCAAUCUGACGCUUUAUUUUCACGGACGAGCCAAUUGA